GCCUCUGCUCUUUGCAUAGUAAUAUCAGUUCCUGCAAGCACCCAGCUCGCUCCCGGAGCGGGUCUAAAAAGGACGCCUCUCCAGAGCCCGCCGAAGCCCUCCGUGUGGCGCCGAGAACCGCUGCUUGGGACAUGCGACGGGAAAACCCCGCCACAGCGCAGGCAGUCGCCCCGCCGCGCCGGGGAGAACCGGGCCAGAGCAGAUGGACCCCUCAGAGGAAUCAUCCCUGACUGAGUCUUCACUCUGAGCUGAGACUGCUUUCCCAGAGGGAGACAGCUCCGGGGAGAGUGCUGAGGUUUUCCUGAAGAAUUCCAUGGGGACCGUACCUGACCCUUUGAGAUCGGCUAAAACGUCCUUGCUUGCAGCUUCUGGAAAAGAAGAGGAUCUAGAAGAAGUGCAGCCUGCCUCACCUCGGUCUCGACCUGCCCUCCUCUGUAAGAACACCAAUGGCCUUUCUGGCCCUCCUGAAGGGCCUGUCCUUAGCCCCAGGGCAGCUGCUGAGGCCUUGAUGCAGGCCUUUGAGCAUGAGACCACCCCGCCGGACAUGUCUUCCCCCAGUGUCUUCAGUGAGGUGGAAAAAGCGUGUCCUCCACGCAACUCUCCUGGCAAUACCCAGCUGCCAGGAAGCAGCGAGCCCACAGCACCAGCGCCGUGUUCUGCAGCAGGAAAGGAUGUUCUAGACGAAGCAUUUACAAUGCCAGCCAAUCAACACAGCCACCAGGCCAUCCCAGGCGACCAGCCUAGUGCCAGCCCCUCAGGAGGACCUGAUGAUACGCUGCUGAAAACCCGGAGAACCUCAGACGGGGAGCAGCCUGAAAAGUCAAGUUGUCCUGUGGGCAGCACCCAGGGCAACAGCAAAGCCCAAGUGCCCUGUGAUUUUCCCUCUCAAGAAAUAGUCCAGGGACUGGCGCAAACUGCAAAUACAUCAACGUCUGUGUUCAGCUACACCUCCUCUCCUGGAGGCGGACCUGAAGGGGAGAGGCCCGGAGCCAUUUGCGACUCCCAGACAAGGUCCUGUGAGUCUCCAGCGAGAGAAGACGGGUGUUCUGGACAUACACAGCGCCCUGCCACCACCUCGGACAGCCAGGCCAUGACUUCUGUGACACCUCAACCAUCCCACCUCACUAGCCAAGGGUCCACGUUUCCUCCAGAUCUGGGAAAGGUGCCAUUGCCUACACAACACCAGGUGUCAAGGUUCAAAGAAGCAAGUACAAUGACCAAUCAAGCUGCCGAUGAGGUCCCGGAGGUUGCCAGCAGGGCUCGGCAAGACGCUGAGGUGCAGGCAGUGGCAAGUGUCGAGAGCAGGUCCGUCUCCACCAGCCCCAGCAUCCUCACCGCGUUCCUAAAGGAAAUACCCGUUCCCGAGUGUCGGGAACCACAGGAGCAGCUGCGUGUCAUCUGCCACAGCAGUGGCCAUGGGAGCCAUACGCUGGAGCUGUCUGACGACCUCCUAGCCCCCCAGGAGUCGAGCCAGCGCCCUGGCAUCAUGCCAGAGGUGCACAUCCAGGCAACGGCGGCAGUUUCCACGGCUUGCCAAGGGGACUGUAAGUUGGGGAGCCUCCCAGGGGAGGUCCUUCAAAUCUCCGCGAUCACUGUGUCAUCUGGCAAGGCUCAAGAUAUGUGCAAGAAAGAUGGGGGGUCAGCAGGCAUGGCCCCAACGGGGGAGGAGUCCACCUCCACACAGCUUUCGGACGUGAACUCUAGCUCCCAGAAAGCUAGCCCCACUGACCAGAUUUCUGUUCGCGCAGAAAGUCAGACUGAAACAAAUCAUGAAUCGGGGAAAUUUGAAAGCAAGCCAUCUGAGUUUGCAGUGAAAACCACAGAUGGUCCCCAAACAAACCCAGACUGCCAACUCUCUGACUCUUGUGGCCCUGCCAGCAAAGAUGACCCGUCCCGGAGCAUGGAUCCCACUGGUAAAGGACAGGCAACAGAGCCUGCGUCUCCGUGCAGAGUAAAACAGCAGGAAUGUCGGGGCACCAAUAGCCUCGAAGCCAGGGCAAGGGCAGAGGCCAAGACCCUGCUGCUCAACCCUAAAUCUCAAGAAAGUGCAGGCGCUGGAUCCGCUGCCAGCCCCACGCCGUCCCCAGUCAGGAAGAACCAGGACAGUACCUUGGAAGAAAGCAGACAGACCAAGACGGCCACCAGCCUGAGCCUGCCGGCUGACUCCAUGGGGGACUCCAGCCCAGGUUCCGGCAAGAGGACCCCUUCCCGCUUGGUGAAAGCCAGCCCCCGCAGGGCCAGCCGCGUCAGCGAGUUCCUCAAGGAGCAGAAGUUAAACGUGACGGCGGCGGCCGCGCAGGUGGGACUCACCCCAGGAGAGAAGAAGAAGCAGCUUAGCGCCGACGCCAAGCUGCAGUUGAAACAGUCCAAGCGUGUCAGGGACGUCGUGUGGGACGAGCAGGGCAUGACCUGGGAGGUGUAUGGUGCCUCCCUGGACCCAGAGUCCCUGGGCAUCGCCAUCCAGAACCAUCUACAAAGACAAAUCAGGGAACACGAGAAAUUAAUCAAAGCUCAGAGCAGCCAGUCCCGGAGAUCCAUUUCCUCAGACACUUCUUCCAACAAAAAGCUCAAAGGAAGGCAGCACAGCGUCCUGCAGUCCAUGUUGCAGAACUUUCGACGCCCCAACUGCUGUGUUCGUCCCGCCCCUUCUUCUGUGUUAGACUGAAAGGGAACGUGUAUGGGAACCCUCGUGCACAGUUACGGUAUUCCCAAGUGUCUGUGUAUGUCAGAGCUUACUUAGUUUUUUGUUGUUGUUUUAUUGUUGUUUUUUUGUUUUUUUCUCGAGAGAGAAACCAGUUAGAGAUAGCAAGUAUUAACUAUAAUGGCUAUGGCUUUGUUGGGUCCUUUGUUUAGGGCUCCGUGAAUGAAAAUAGUUCAGUUCACAAGAAAGGACAAGAGAAAAGAAAGAAGUGUUACCGAAGGUUCAUGACCUUAAUUAAGAGGAAGUAAUAUUCACUGGGUUUUUUUUUUUAUUAUGAUGAUGUUGCUUCUGGAACUAGCAUUAUCAUUAAGCGUGUCAUUUAGAAUUACUGCCUCAAUUUAUCACACUCUGGUAUUUCCACUAAAAUCCCUGCUUAAUAUUAAAAAUAGCAAAAACACUAUAAGCAAAAGCACUGUUAGACUCUCUAGUCGUAUUGCAGUAAGAAUGCCACUACCACACAAAAUUUAAAUAGAUGAUAAGAACUAAAAGGUAAAAAAUGUGAAACAAAUUUUGACUCACUCUUAGGCCAGAUGACAUUAACUAAAAUCAUUUAAAUGCAUAAAAUACCAAACAUGAAUUAAUACUUGUAAACAUUUGCAGAUAGCUAUUUUUGUAAACCUUGUUAUACCGUUAAUAAAUGUAAAGAAGUUACGUUAGGAAAAUGAGCUAAGUUUUGACUAUGAAUACCGCCCACAUAAAACAUGAAUUUGUAUAUACAGAUUUCCCUGCAUGGAAGGCAAGGGGCAGCUAGCUCUAUGAUUCUGACUGGAAUAAAUUCAUAUCUCUUUAGAGGAAGUACAUCGACCAAAUUCUUGGAAGGAGUCCUUGAAUUAUUAAUAAUACUAAAGUUUGUGUUGUACAGGUAUCCUCCAAAAACGUCCUACUGAGAGUAUUAAGGUUUCAGUAAAGAAUUAUGAACAGCCAGUUUACCAAACACUCUCUUCUCUGUGUUGAAAAAAAAUAACAAAAGCAAUAUAUUUAAUUUAACCUCCUGAAAACAGGCUGCAGUUUCUAUCUUUCUUUUGACUUGCUUGGUCAAUAGCUACUUGUUCAAUAGUAGCGUCUAAUAGAAAAUGUAGUCGACACCAAAUAGAACAGAAGCUUCCGCACAGUUUUUGUUAUGUAGACGAAUAUCAUGUAAUUGCCAAGUUUCUAAUCUGUAGUAAAAAGGUAGCCUGUGUGAACUUACUGGUUUUAAGAGAAAUACCAUCCUAUCUCAUGCUUCAAAUCCAAUAAAAGAGGCCUUCACUAAAACAGGGUUUGAGCGUCAGGUGGUCUAUAGUUUUUGAGAACAUAGGCAUGUGUUUGGAGCUCAGCCCACACCUGUUUCCGGAAGAGGAGCAUGUCCUUCUCGCCCAGGACUGUCUUGCCAGGGCACCGGGCUGGACGAUCAGCAGUGGCUUGAGAACUGAGAGAGUGUGGAAGAGGGAAAUGAGAUAGAGCCCUGGAAAAGUUUCCCCUCCUAGAUUCAUUGCAGGGACAUCGCUGGUGUCCACCUUGCAUUAGAAAAUCAGAUUGUUUAGCAUGGAAGGGGUGCUCGCUGGUUGCCUUGCCUGAGCUAGUUCCCCUCGAUGAGUCCGAAAAGAGUGUCUGGCCAUGUAUUCCCUCUCUGUGGAAACUUACAAAUGCCAUUGGUGCAGGAAGCUCACAAUUUCUGUUUUGGCCUCUUUUUUUUUUUUUUUUUUUUUUUUUUAAUUAUUCUCUUUUGCAGAUUCUGCAUAUAUAGGGUAAAAUCAUACCUGAACUGUAACACCCACAUGCUAAACUGGGCACAGCCCAAAUUAAUAUAUAGCCGUUGAUUUCUUGCGAAGCAAUUGGAGUGUAUAUGAAGACCGCCUAAAAGGCUCCAGUCCCAGUGCUCCCAGGGCCUCAGAAAUAAAAUUACAGUUGUUAUGCUUGGAACUAAUAAUGAAUUUUUUAAUGAGGUGCGUUUUUCCGUUUCUUACCAAUUGGCCUCUAUUAAGAACAGUACCUGAAAUAGAAAUUGCCAUCAAAUUAGCAAUCACAUUACUAUUAAUGAUGAGAGAUUUAGUCUAAAACUCUCUUUGGGCCUUGAAUAUCCAUUCGUAGUAGUGUUCCUGUGGCUUUUGUUGGAGAUCCCUCUGCCAGGCUCUAGUCUCGCUCUGAGCCCGUCCUCCCUGCCUGUCUCCCUCACACGUUGGCCUCCAUGCUGUAUAUGCACGGAGAACACCCUGUGUACACAGUAGCAGCUGUCAACAGUACCCGCCCCAGACGGGUGGGCCCCAGGUAAUCCUCUGCCGGGAAGUGGCUAGAACAGGCUGUUCCGGCAUUAAAGAAGAAUUCAAGCAUCUGGGAAUAAUAUUUAUUUUCAUGAGUUUGGUGUCACCACAUGAAUUAUAAAGAGCUCAAGUUAACUUAUAAAUUUGUAAUUCUAAAUUUAUAAGUUGUGAAGUUUAAAAAUUAUAAAUAGUUCAAAUUAAAGAUGAAGCAGAGGCCUGAGAGUUGUCGGCAUUUGUCGCACAGGAAACAAAUUAGGAAAAUUACACUGAAUUACUUAAAACUAAAUUCAGCGUUGCGGUGGUGCCUCUCAGGGUUAAGACUUCACGUUUGAUGAAGUACCUCUAACCGGGUUUUUUUGGUACUGGAACUAGCCUUUCCUUCUUAAGCUUUAAUGGUUUAACUCUUCACCUUUCCUUUACCCCCACUCCAGGGAUUGUCACAGAAUAGGAGGAAACCUUUCUUGUUUGGUUGUUUAUUGACUCUUAAGGAAGGAACAGCUUUUCAAAACAGUAAUAAAAUGGACCAUCAAAUGGCCAGUUAAGGAGCCUCUUGAAGAUAAGCCCUGCUUUUGCUAUAGGAUACCCUGAGUACUCAACCACAUAAAACCUUGAUUUGAAGAUUUUCCCUCCCUUCAGUCUGUGACACGGCAUUGACAUGCAGUAAGGCGUUCGUGACGCUUUAGGUUCAUCCAACAAAUGAACGUGGAAAACGGUUUUUGUGGCAGAUUCUUUGAGCUUGUUUGGCUCUAUUCUCACCUUACCUGUAUGACACAUACCAGGUUAAAAGUUGGUUUUAUCCUUAAUUUCUUUUAGAUGUUUUCCUCCUCCUGAAUGCUUUUUAGUCAUUGAAAUAUAUGGAGGAAAUACCUUAUUGGGUAGAUAAAUAUAAAAUAUUUCUUAAGCCAGUAGCAUAAGAGAGAUGGGUUUAGAACACAGUGCCUGGAAGAUAAUGAGACAUUUAAUAUGUUCAGACGCUAUAUGGCUUACCUAGUAAAUACUAGAAUUUAAAUAUUGAUUUUUUUUUCUAUUUUAAUGACCAUAAGAAAUAUGUCAUUGCUUCAGCUAUCCUAUGUUUAUCUUCAGUGCUUUCCUAAUCAUCUCUUUCUGGAUUAUUGGCUUUGAUGCUACAGACCAACUGCUUUACACGUAGUAAAAUCCUCAUUUAUAUUUGUGUUUUGGACCAAUGGCAUAAGUUGAACAUUUUGUUAGGUCAAAGAAACCUUUUUGUUUGCGUCCAAAAUGAAGUAUUUAUAAAAUAUAUUGGUAUGUUUUCCUGCUUGACAAGUUCAGCUGCAUUGAAUAUAACUCAGUUUUUGAUGAUUUCUAAAUCUUUAGAAUUGUCUGAUAAUUGUUAUUUUGGAUACCAGUAUUCUUCAUGUUACUGCUUACAGAGCAAAAGUUAAAUAAACUGUAGUGAAUAUGCAUGUGUAUCAUAUACCCUAGAGUUUGAAUUUUGGAACCAAAUCCUUGAUAGGAGCUUGCCAUUUUAAGGUAGAUAACAGAAGAAGAAAAUGACUUUGGGUUGCCUCUGAGAGUUUUGAGGUUUUAUGGUUCCUCGCUUAUUCCAAUGUUAUUCCUCUCAUUUCUAGGAAUUCCCAUCAUACCGGGAGUACCUGUAUAUACCACAUGAAGAUUAUAAUAUAAUGUGACUUUAAAAUGUGUUUACAGAGAAUAUAUGUAUGUGUGCUGUUAAAGUAAAUUGUUUGGCCUUUGCUGUAUCCACUUAGUUACUGUUUGCUGCCAAAAUGUGAGAAAAUAUCUUCUAUUCCUCCUACGUAUUGUGCAAGUGUUAAAAAAAAAUGUCCAUUUCUAGUAUCAUAUAAUUCACCACUUCCCUUGUCUACCUUGUCUACUUUUUAAGAAUCAGUAUAAAGAAAACAAUACCUUAGGAUAAGAUUUGCAUAUACAUAUAUGUGUUUUUACUGAAAAUUGGGCCUUUGCAGUCAUGGGUAGGCCUCGACUGGUCUGAUUUACUCAUUGUCUACAAUGCUGCCAUGGAAAUGAUGCUGUUUACUCUCUCCUGCUUUGUCCUGAGUGGUAUUUGAGAAAUGAGGCCUGUGAAUUUCCCUUUGUGAUAAUAACAGGGUGAACUGAGCAGUAUCUUGGAUAAAUGAGCUGACCAUCUUGUCCCCACCCCUGUUUUGUCUACACAGUGAAUCAGAAGUCUUGUCUGUGUCUGCUUCAGUGUUUGCUAUUUUAUAUUGAUAUCUGAGCAUUUUGUUUUCUGUUAGCAAUGUUCUUUGAUGCUGUGUGUGGACCUUUUGGUUGAAUCUCUCCAAAUGUGGGUCAGCUGCUGCCACCUGGCAAAUAACAGGUGAUACACUGAAUCUCCUGUCCAUUCUUGUAACUAUAUCCUUCUUCAUGAAAUUCUGCAACUGGCUGAGUAAUUACAACCGUCAUCUGUGCAGACACAUGGGCUUAAGGAUGUCUACAAAAUUUUAGACACUUUUGCAAAAGGGUAAAAAUAUAGUCUUGUAAAUACUGAAACAUUUCCAUGAACUUUAUCCUACUCUUGGGGGGAAAAUUUUUUUUCCUUGGCUACAGAACUAAGAUAAACUUGAUUUGUGAUGACCAAGGACAUAAAUGAAGAUGGAUUGAGGUGGAAAAAAAUCUGUCUCACAAGUAAUCAGUGACAUCUGCCAGAGGUCAUUACAGCUACUCUUAACUGUGAACAUUCACCAGCUAAACUACUUACUUGCCACAACCAAAUAACCUCUCUCAAAGUAAAUCCAGUAUAUCUGUAUAUACAUGUAGAUAGAAACAACAACAAAAAAAUCCUGAAAAAUUACUGUCGACUAUCAGUUAAAUCAAGGUGAUGAUAAUUGUAAAGAACAUUUAAAUCACCAUGGGCCUUGGUGAAAUGACCUUGGAGGCCAGAAUGGUGCAACAAGAUGUUAUUCACAAGUUUGGUGUUUUGUUGUUGUUGUUUGUUGUUGUUUUUUUUUUUAAGACCCAGAUAUCUCAGAUACUUAUCUUGAGAAUAAAGACUGUUGAAAAUGAAAUUAAAGCCAAGCAAUAAUGUGCCAAAAAGAGGCAGUUAAUACCAGCAAGUGCAUCUCUAUGGGCACUCCAUCAUAGAAUAUGGUUUGCUCCAUGAAGACUGACUGUAACCCACAGGAUAAAAUAAGCAAAGGCAUAACUUGUGCUUUCUUGCUAGAAAUACUUGUUUAGGAGCUCCAUUACAGAGGUACAGCACCGGUGAGCAUUAGUAGGGAUACGGUCGACAUCUCUGUCUUCGUGCUAGCGAAGACAAAAAGGAGUCAAAAAGUCUCGCGAGCUUAGAAUUCAAGAUAGCUCCAAACCGAAAUUUCAUUGAAACGGAGAGGUUAGACACAUAGUAAUCACUCUUCCUGGAUAUUUGGGUGUAGAAAACCCACUUAACUCUGCCUAGAGGAUUACCAGCCUUAGCUAUGAAAAAAAAUGGGUUCCAAAUGUAAAAUAACUAAAACAUGAGUACUCUUUUCAAAAGGGGCCUCAAAUAAUGCCUUACAGAAAAUGGUGUUUCAGAUGGGCGUUUCUAAGUACUAAUCCUUCAUCAAGUCUUUUUUCAGUUCAAGCUCAGAAUCAAUUGGCUGCACACCUGUAGGAAUAAGUCACAUAUUUUACACUUCAGAAAAAGAUUCUGAUGACCAGUCAGCAUGGUGAUAAUUACGAUUAGAAAUACCCUAGUGAUUUAGGUGUGCUAAGAAGAAAAAAGUGGGAGAGAAGUGCUAACUUCCUUCUUGAUCUCUUAUGAUGUGGGGAUGUCAUCCUUUUAUUUGCAGGGUGAAAAUUAUAGCUUCUUUUUGAUGUUGCGGCUAGCAUUACUCUUUGUUACUUUAAAAAAUUAAAGUGUCUAUUUAACAAAGCUUUUAAGCACGUAAAUUUUUUUCUGAUUCGUAUCAUUGCUUUAAUAUCCCAUAAAGACUACCUAUAGAGCAAACUGUGCUGAAUGGGUAGAAGGGGCAUACCCAUGUUUAUCAGGAUCUCCUCAUGAUUGUAGUUGAGAUUCCUUAGCAUUUAUUUUAGGCCACAUCUUUGAGAGAAUUGUUUUUCAUAAUGUUUUUCCAUCACCUCUUGAAACUAUGUUGGUAAAUCCGAAGACAGCAGUAUUACAGUCACGCUCUGCCAUCCCUAGAGGAAAGGAGAGACUAAUUUUUGUUUUUCAGGACAUCUGGAGAUAGCUUUUCCUGAGGCUGAGAAAGGUCAACAGGGCCUGAAAACUCAAGAGGGAAAUAUACUAAUAAUUACUAAAUUUCCAAAUGUACUUAUCUCUGCUGUACUAACGUGUGAACAGUAUGUUGUGCAUAAUACUAUAGCUGGUCGUGGUGCGUCAAUACAUUUUGUAAGUGUGUACAGUCUGUGAGUGGUUGGUUUUCUCUUUUUAUGUGUAGAAAAAAAAAUCACAUGCUGUGUCCCAUUUCAAAACCCAGUUCUGCCAUCAAGUAGGCACAUGUACAAACAUGAAUAAAGCCAACAGAAGUGUGUGUAUGUAUUCAGUAACAGAAUUUGUCCUUUCAUUUUUGAAGGUCAGAAAGGGCUGUUUUGUUUGUUUGUUUCUUUUAAUCAUCUCUGAAAGUCGAUAACCUACUUAUCUCAAAGGCUGAAUACAUUGGCUGUACACUGGCAUGUUACUAAAUAGGCCAGCUUAAUUAACCGUGCCAUUUGUCACAGGUAAGGUCAGUUCUUUGACCGCUGGGAUGAUUUACAUUCCUCACACAUCCUUUCUGUGUUUAGUGUGUGACUAGGAUGUACAUACUAUGGGUGUGAUUGUGUACAUACCUUGUAUGAAUUAUCUAAAUCCUCAAGGAGUCGUAGGAAAGCAGGAAAAAGAAACAGUUGUUCAAAAGCCUCAAAAGGGCUAAUCAAUGAGUAUUUUCAUUGUCUGCACAUAAAAAUGUAUACAUGGCAUAACUGUAAAUAGCUUACACAGCUUUAUAUAUAUAUAUAUAUACACACAUACACAUAAAUGCAUUUUAUUCAUACUGUUCAUAUUUAAAAUCACAAAACAACUAAUUGGAAACCGCAUCUUUCCAUGACUGUUCUGUUCUACAUACAUUAAUAUUGAAUCAAAUAACUCUCCAUUAAAUGGUGUUAUACUCCCAGGUAGCAGAUUUGGUGCUUCAGAAAGCUGAGCCUCACUAUGAAAAUCCAGUCAGUGUCUCACUCAGGCAUAGACUGGUACCUGAGCAGCUUCAAAGGUUUGAUGCUACUGUUCAUGCACCUAACUUUGUAUCUGGUAAAGACAAACACUAGGGAGAAUUAAUGUUUUGUAGGCUCCAUUUGUACACUUAUUUGCACAUGCUGGUAAAAGCCCUACCUUUUUUUAGAGAACCGUCCCUAGAUUUCAAAACAGUGUGUAAUCACUUAAAGUGGAAAAUGAUCGUAGGCAUUCUCUUGAGAUUGGCAAAACAAUGUUUAGCAACGCCAAAGAGAAGUCAGAGUGAAAUUUUUUUAAAAACUGCAGACGAUGUUGGUAGGAUAAUAGAAUAUGAACAACCAGGAGUUCCUUAAAUGGACUCAAAUAAGUUACUAUUAUUGAUAACAAGCAAUGCUGUGUGAACUAGAUAACGAGAUGAGAGACAUUAGCCAGGAAACAUCAACACUGGACAUUUGUCAAUUUACCACAAUUCCAAUUGGCGAACUGAUGUUUGAGUUUCUCUCAUUUUUUCUAAAAGGAAAUACUCUAUUAGAGAUAAAAACUCUGAUCUGGUUCCUAAAAUCUAAUCAAAUUUGACCCUGAUUUCCUGACACUCAAAAUUUGUUGGCUGGAUAUUAGGUUGAAGAUCGAAAUGGAUAUAGGAGAGUUCCCAUUAAUAGAGAAUUCUGAGUGGCAAAGUGUAAAAAUAACCACUUCUCAGUAGAAAGUUAAUAAUAUUUAAUACAAAUCUAUGUUUUAGAGAAUGAAUGUGCCAUCUUUAUAUCAUAGAUGAAAAUAAAAGAUUAACCAAUAAUAACACUACAAUUACAACUGGAGCUGUGUUUUUUAACUGCUAAAAACAUACUUGUUUAUAAGAGCAGGAUACCUAAAAUCUUCAUGUUUGUCAAUAUUUCCUAUUGCUUAAAAGAUAAAUUCAUGUAAUUAUUUUGGAAUAUGUGUAUUAAUUUAAAUGCCACCCAGAAAAACUAUAUAGCUGUCAAUGUGAAAAUCAUUUAUGUGUAUAAAUGCUCAACUGAGAAAGACCAAAAGUAUAGUGCUAAAUCUCUAAAGAAACAGUAAUAUUCAAAGUGAAUUCCAUUUAUGAAUGUAUCAAUUUUAGAAUUUAAAUCUAUGUCUUUUCAUGAUGUCUAUAUAUGAAAGUCAUAAAAUGGUUUAUUCAAGAAAGCCCUCAUCCUGCAGGAAUUAUCCUACAUUUCUAGGAAAAAGAUGGAAUCUUAAGGUUUAUAUAAGGAUAAAUCAAGAUUUUGAAAUUAUAUACACUUCUGUUCUCAUUUUGGAUUUGAUUUUUGAAUGAAGGAAGGAAGGAAAUUUAAUGGAUGACUUAGUUUUACCCUGAAAAAAAUUUAAGUAUGAUUUUUUUGCAUUUCAUUUUCCAUAAUAAACAUAAUAUAAAUGAAAA